AUGGCCCAACCGACUUCGCUGCCGAGCGAGCCUCAGGCUGGGAGUCUACGAACUGCCCCAUUGGCUUCAUCAGUGCCCCCGGCGUCUCCCACAAAAAGCAUAUGGAAGAGACUGUUGAAUCGCAGUGCGAGUGCUCACCCGAGAGAGCCGGUACAAUGCCCAUCUGCUGAGCUGCCACAGUCCGCUUCUCCGGCGGUAUUACCAUUUGCACAAGAGCCCACAGCUCAGAAACUAGAGACGAGUGGACCAUUAGAUCCGGCGCGAGACGGGCUGGGUGUCGGCCACGAUGAUCAGCUACCUAGCAGCUCCAACGCCGAAGCACCUGCCGCAGAUGCGGACGGUGGCAUUGCUACCAAGACAUCUAGCAAUAGUCGGCGAGCUCCGCACCGCGAUGUUGUUCCUGGCUUGCCUCGUGCGCAGACUUUUGCUCGACAGCAAUCUGAACUGCGCGGAAAUCUGAUGCCGAUUAUCCCUACCUCUGCUGAGCGGCGGGGUGUGUCAGCAGACCGGCGGUUGACGCGGAGCGUAUCAUCGCCCACGAGUUCCCAAAUUCUAUCAGACCCUCGCACCAGCGCACCCAAUGUUUCGUACCGUCCAAAACCGGGCAUAUCCGAUGCGGCGAAACCAGCAACGGGCGCACCCCAGGAAGAAGCUGUGCCACCUGUUCCCACAAUUCCUUCGUUGACAGCUACUGUGGCUUCUAGUGGGCAGCCACCAAUAAGUGAAGCUGAAACAGAUGACACUACAGCUGUCACAAGCGGAGACGGUCUGAUCCAUGGCGACGCCGCUCCUGCCCCCCAGCCUGCCGCAUCAGGAGGCGACAAUGACUGUGGGCCAUCGGACGCACACUCUGUGGCCGGAAACAUCGCCAAGGAGAAUGAAGAGACCUUUCAUAUUGACACGGCAUCUAUGACCUCGUCACAGUACGAGCACCGCAUUCGCUAUGAGCUGGAGCAUGUGUGGAUUCUCAACUUGUCGAUGCACUUCCGCGACAAGUCCAGACGCGAGAAAUUCUUUGUUACAUAUCGACAGCGGCCCGACCUAACGCGCCGGGUGACUAUCUCCCUCGACUACCGCAACGCUCCAGACGGCUCACUCGAGAUGGAUCUCCUUGACACCAAGCUUCAACGAGACAAGAACGAAAUGAUCUAUGAAGCCAUCCGCGAGAGCCUGGUCGACAUUCAGUUUUACAACACCGUGACAAAUCUUAAGUUGCAGACGACUGAUGGCCGGCUGCAUGUGCACGUGGUUGAGGAUACUACUGAGAUUAUUGACUACCCUUCGGCCCAAUUUGUGCACCACUUGGGCUGCCGCAAGAUUCGGGAGUCUGACGUUGAAUUUGACUCUCACAUGUCCGGCUUCGUAUACAGGGUCCGUGUCGAGGGCCGGGUCCUUAUCAAGAAAGAGAUCCCGGGGCCAGAUUCCGUUGACGAGUUUUUGUAUGAGGUCAACGCCCUCAAUUUUCUUCGCGGGUCCCAAAAUGUCAUCGAGCUGUACGGUGUCAUUAUUGGCGACGACGACCGCGUCCGCGGCCUUCUCAUCAGCUACGCCGAGCAAGGUGCUCUGAUUGACAUCCUGUAUGAAAACAACCACGGAAUUCCUUGGUACACGCGCAUGAAAUGGGCCCGUCAGAUCGUUCAUGGACUGUCUGAGAUUCACGAAGCGGGAUUUGUUCAGGGCGACUUCACUCUUUCGAACAUUGUCAUUGAUUAUGAUGGUAACGCCAAGAUCAUUGACAUUAAUCGACGUGGGUGCCCUGUCGGAUGGGAGCCACCUGAGGCCACCCCUCUGAUCCAAAGCGACCAGCGCAUUUCGAUGUACAUUGGCGUCAAGUCGGAUCUCUAUCAGCUGGGCAUGGUGCUCUGGGCACUCGCAACACAGGAAGACGACCCAGAAGCCCAUGGGCGACCUCUGCUCUUGGGCGACGAUGUCGGCGUGCCACAAUGGUACCGAAGCAUUGUGGACACCUGUCUUGCCGAGGAUCCUCGGGAACGCUCGCAAGCUCUUCAACUUCUCAGAUAUUUCCCGCGGCCCAGCACACACUUUGACGACAGUGAUUACGAGGACGACUGGGUCCAUGGGACGCAUCACCACCAUCCGGCGUUUUAUGCCCACAGUGCUCCGUCGGGAUCGGUUGACGACGGAUCCAACUCGUUCCGCAACAGGGCGGCUGAGCUCGGCAGUGUACCCUCCGGCGACGACCAUGCCGACGACAUCGCUGGGCAGUUUAUAGAAAGAGAGCGGCCCGAUUUCGUCGUUGACAAAUUCACGAGUUUGACACCGGUCAUCCGCGAUGUGACACCAAGCAACGACUGGGCGUACGUAAACAAUUUCGGCCACACGUAUGUCUCCCCCUCAAAUGGUGUUUCCAACGAAUCAUACUACUACCCUACAAGAGGCCGGUCUCCGCCCAGAAAGUCACAUUCUGGCUAUGGCCGACGAGACGGUUCUUGGAUCAGAAAGGAGUCUCUGGAGCAGCAAACGUCGGCCGCAGAUGCGCUCCAUGUGAAACAGGCCGAGUCCUCGCCAAACCGGAGCAAUCUCCCCAGCAGCGAACCUCCAGCUUUAUCGGAAUUGAAAGACGAAGAUGUUCAAGUGGGGGAUGAAGCUGACGUACCUGAUGACACGGUGGACGCAGACACAAAGGAGAGUUCAGACUUGGAGGUUGUGGAGACUGUUCACAAGGAGGCGGCCGAUGACGUGGCCGUUGAUAUACCGGCCGAUGACAACGGCGCAGCACACACUGCAUCCCCCGAGACAGACGUGCAACCCCUCGUUAUCAAGGCAAGUGCUUCGAAUAUCAGCGACGCCAAGAGCAAGGACGCGACUGUACCGAGUUCGCCUGAGCGUCCCAGCGAGUGCCAUUACAGUCUUGCGAACGGGGCUCUUGCACACGAGGUCGUACCCCUCGAUACUGCAAACAGCCUGGAAAGGAGCGGCUCUGACAGCAAAAUAUCGGAUCAGAUCAAAGGUGUCGGUGCCGUCUACGAAGACGAAAAGGCAUUCCCCCGCCACAUGAGCUUGGAGCACGACGAAGAAGAUAGGGAUGCCGAUGAUGGCCAUGAUGCCAACGAACUAGAUGCGGUUCCUGCGACCGAAUGCCAGGAACGAUAA